UGGCAAACGGCUAAAUUGGCGAGGCUGCAAACAAAUCAACCAUGGAUACCGUGUCAUCUGAUGCAUCUGCAACUGAACCAGAAACUGAAGGAAAGUUUGGAAUGUUGAAACGUAAAAGAAGGAAAAGAACUAUCAUUACCCCGGAACAAUUGAUUAAGCUUGAAGAGCUUUACAAACAGGAGCAAUGGCCGGGAAGGGAUAGGAAAGAAGAACUUGCACGGGAGAUCGAGAUGUCUUCUCACUUUGUUAACAUUUGGUUUCAGAACAAACGUUCAAGACUGAAAAAGCUUGCGCAAGAGGAGGAAGAAAUAAAGGCAAUGAAGAGCAGAGCAGAAGAGUCUUCCAAGUGCGUUAAGAAAAUACCUUUAGCACCCAAACGAGAAUUAAAAAAGAAGGAUGAAGACAACAAUGCAGCAGGAACAACACGUCUACCACCAGUGAUCUCGGCUCCGAUCCAGAGUAUAAUGCCACCUGUUGGAGGUUUGCCAGUUUUCACCAUCACAACCAAGAAUGGUCCUGGUCCCGCUUCACCUGUUUUUACCAGUUUGCCUCAACUUGCUGUUCCUCUCAUUCCGCAAAAUACACUAUUUGCAACAGUUCCACAGUCAGCAUGUCUUCAAAAUAAAGAAAAAGUUGUGACUCCUUCAGCCGUAACAUUACCAGCACUUGUCAGAGGAACAAUUCCGGGAACAGCUAGAUCCAAGUCAGUUAGACUUGCAGCAACACAAUUGAUGUCUCCUGAUCCACCAAAGAGGUCCAAAUCUACCUCUGGGGCAACAACAUUCUUAGUUCCCUCAUUAGGAUCAUCAUACUCCUGCAAUGAUAAUAAUAUGCCAAAUGCCUGUCAUCAGCCGAAAGAGCAAUCAGGAACUUCAAACUCUACUCCAGUAUCCUCAAACACAGCCAGCAAAAUCGUAACCCCCACUAGCCCACUAGAUCCUGCUUCAACGCUACUACGCUGUAUGAUACUCAUGAUGGCCAUGUCUGAAGUACCUUGUUCUAUCUCUAAGGAAUCUUGGGAGUUCGAUCUUGCAGUAAGUGCUAUGCUGUAUGGUGUCAAGCUGAAUAAUGGCAGUGUACUGACCUAUGACAAACGAGAUGGCUUCCAUAUUGACAAAGUGGUCAAGAAAAGAAAGAAAGGAAAGAAGAAGAAAAAGGAAAAGACAGGCAAGAAGGAAUGAAUAUGUUGGAAUAAUUAAUUUAUUAUGAACAUUAUACCUUAUCUGAUCAGCGGACUG